UUUCUAACCCCGUUUUAGCAUGGAGCCGCGCUUCGCUUUUUGCCUCUUGCUUUUGUUCUCCUCCGAGCGGACGCUUGCCUUCUCCGCCUCAACUUGUACGCCGGACGUAAGGUGCAGUUCCUCCGGUCAUUUGGCGCACAUCAGCGCACCCCGCCGGGAGCUCCGUCCCCAGGAUUUGGCGCAUUCGGGAGCGCUUCAAACCGGGGACUUUUUCGGAUAUACCGGAGGCGAAGCGAGCUCCGAAGUCACUGCUGAGAUCGCAGAAAGUUCAAGAAAAGUCCAGCCACCAUCCGGGUGGGAGCAAGACGCAUGUUGCCCCCAAGAGGAGGCGACGGACGGCCGCUCCGAACUUUCCCUCCCUGAUUACCAAAACGAUGCGGGUAGCCAGGAAAAGGGGGGUGAUGCGGAUUCAAACGCGGAUGACGCCCGGGGGAGGAGAAGCGCGAGGGGGGCAGAGACUUGGCUCGAUUUGGGAGGCGAGGGCGCGCACGAAGUUUCGUAUCCCGACCCGGUUGAGGUCCAGCUGGCCAGCACCACCUUCGCCCUGGCCGGGGACACCGCGCACAACCAGGCGAUGGUGCACUGGUCCGGCCAGAACAGCAGCGUGAUCCUCAUGUUGACCAAAUACUACGACUUCAGCUCGGGCAGAGUGACGGAGAGUUCUUUGUGGCGAUCCACCGAUUACGGCACCACCUACGAGAAACUUAAUGAGAAAGUGGGGCCCAAAACCAUCCUGAGCUACUUGUACGUCAGUCCCAACAACAAGCGCAAGAUCAUGCUACUGACCGACCCGGAGGUGGAGAGCAGCCUGCUCAUUAGCCUUGACGAGGGGGCGUCCUAUCAGAAACACAGUUUAGCCUUUGAUAUCCUCAGUCUUCUUUUCCACCCCGAGCAGGAGGACUGGAUCCUGGCUUACAGCCACGACCAAAAGCUGUAUGUCUCCGUGGAAUUUGGGAGGAGGUGGCAGCUUGUGCACGACAACGUUGUCCCGAACAGAUUCUACUGGUCCAGAUUGGGAUUGGACAAGGAGCAAGGAAUGAUCCACCUGGAGAUCAGCGUCUCUGAUGGACGGUCGCAGUACAUCACUUGCAAACUUCAAAAUUGUUCCGAGGGAAACAAGGGCAAGCCUUUCCCCGGGUUUAUCAUCCCCAACUCCCUGGUGGUACAGGAUGAAUACGUUUUUAUCCAGGUGCCGACAGGAGGGCAGUCUGUCCAUUACGUGUCCUAUCGAAGGCACUCGUUCUACCCAGUCAAGCUUCCAAAGUACACGUUGCCGAAAGACUUGCAGAUCAUAAGCACGGACGACAACCAGGUGGUGGCGGCCAUUCAAGACUGGCACCAGAACGACUCGUACAACCUGUACAUGUCCGAGUCCAGGGGUCUGUUCUUCACGCUGAUGCUGGAGAACGUGGUGAGCAGCGGAGGACCGGAAGGCAACAUCAUGAUCGACCUUUAUGAGGUUGCCGGGAUUAAAGGGGUUUUUCUGUCAAAUAAAGUUGUCGAGAACCAAGUGAAAACUUACAUCACGUACAAUAAAGGCAGAGACUGGCGGCUUUUGCGGGCCCCGGCAACGGAUCUCCAAGGAAAGUGGGUCGAUUGUGAGCAACCGUACUGCUCCUUACAUCUGCACCUUCACGUAUCUGAGAACCCGUACACCUCCGGAAACAUCGUGAGCAAAGAGACAGCACCUGGAAUUAUCAUCGCGUCAGGUGUGGUCGGACCCGAGCUCUCCACCACUAAUGUCAGCGUCUUCAUCACAUCUGAUGCUGGCAACACGUGGAAAGAGGUUUUUCAGGAAGAGUACAGCGUGUUCUUUCUGAAUCAAGGAGGAUCUCUGGUGGCCAUCCGACACACACCUCUGCCUAUUAGACACAUUUGGCUGAGUUUUGAUGAGGGCAGAAACUGGGACAAAUUUAGCUUCACCUCCUUGCCGCUGUAUGUGGACGGGGUGCUCGGGGAGCCCGGAGAGGACACCCUCAUCAUGACAAUCUUUGGUCACUUCAGUCACCGAUCCGAGUGGCAACUUGUCAAAAUUGAUUUCCGGUCCAUUUUUCAACACCGCUGCACUUCCGAAGAUUACGUGACAUGGCAGUUGGACGACGAGGGAGAAGUGUGCAUCAUGGGAAUGAAGAGAAUCUUCCAGAAACUGCGAGUAAACGCGAGAUGUGUCAAGGCGAGAGAACAGUACAUCUCUCAGAUGUCAGACUCCUGCCCAUGCACAGCGGCCGAUUUUGAGUGUGACUAUGGAUUUGAGAGGCAGGUCGAUGGGAGCUGCACUCCGGCGUUCUGGUUUGUUCCGUUGGCCACAUCCAGAGAUUGCAUCACUGGGGACAGCUUCCUCAAUUCCACGGGAUAUCGCAGAGCUUUGUCGAACAACUGCACAGAGGGGACUCUGCUAAAAUACAGCCCCAGGCGGCAGAAAUGUCCCAGUCGAGUCCCCAAGGGCCUGCAGCUUUUCACCAGCGAAGGCAUACUCGUCGCGACACUCUACAAGAACGUCACCUUUCUGGUGUUUCUCGAAGAGGGUCUGAGCUCUACGACGAGCAUAACGGUGGACUUUGGCGACGGCACCGCGAUAUCCUACGUGAAUAUUAGCUCCAUAGAGGAUGGGGUCAAGCAUGUCUACAGUAAAGUGGGCAUCUACCAAGUUUCUGCGAUAGCGAGCAACGUUCUGGGCUUCGACAGGGUGACACUCUACCUCCACGUCACCUGUCAGCUGGAGCAGGUCCAGCUCUCCGCUCCGUCCGUGGCCCUGAGGAACAAAGUCGUAAACUUCACGACGACGCUGCGCCCUGUCACCGUGGGGACGGUCACGUACUACUGGUGGUUUGACAACAAAACCGAGCCUUUGCUGAGUCUGGAUGGAGGGAUGUCCUUCACCUUCUCCCAGGAGGGAAGUCACAUGGUCACCGUGCAGGCUUCAGUCGGGAACACGGUUCAUCAGGACCACAUGACGGUGGCAGUUUAUGAUGAUUUCCAGUCGCAUAUUUUGUCUUUUUCCUCUAAUCUGGAUGACGCCAACCCCGGCCUCUCUGAGUGGCGCUCGGACAUCGGGAGGGCGGUGAAGCGCUCCGUGGUCCAGGUCACCGGGAUCAGUGAGGAUCGGCUGCUGGUCACCGUGCUUCCCGGUCUGCCAACCACAGCCGAGAUCUUUAUUGUUCCCGAGAAGAGGCACAGAGGAGGCGCCGUGGGUGCAAAGCGGCAAGACCGAGAACAGCUCUCUCAGGUGCUGCUAAGUGCUCUAAACCAGGACCUCGUCCAGUUCACACUCAAAGCGGGAGUGCAGGUGAACGUCUACGCCAGUAGACUGUCGCCAGCUCCUCUGGUGGACAGCAGCGAUAGCAGCCACAGCAGCACUGCAAUUAUAAUGCUCGUGUCGGUGGCUCUGAUGGGUCUGGUUGUCUUUGCCAUAUUUAAAUUCAAAAGGAAGAUCCCAGGCCUCAACACGUACACGGCGGAGCAGCCUGACAAAGAAAAGGAGGUUGUCCCCACAGUGACCUCCGUGGCGGACACGAAGCCCGAGGCGGACAAGGCGACCUCACUGGAUCGCGUGGAUGUACAGCUGGAUUCCAAGAGCAGAGGCUACCUGCCAUCGCACACAGACAUCAAGCUCUCUGAUGAAGCGCCCCAUGUGUUUUAAUGUAGAGCGUCUAUGACCGGCGCCAAAGCAAUACAUCUUCCCUGGCAGUUACUUCCAGCGCGGUCACGAUGAAUGCUCUCGAGUGUUUUGCUACCCAUGCAUGGAUGGAUCGGCUCACACUGUGCCGCGUGCGCCUAAUCUCUCUGAGGAGACUGUACAGAUUUAUACUCGCCGACUCUCCAAAUUGGACUUUGUUUUGUUUUGUUUUGUUUUGACUGGAGAGACUUGUAUUUUUGCAAGGACCUUGAUCUUUUGAUGUAAAUAGUGUACAGUGCAGUCAGAAUGGAAGAAAUGUGUUGGUCUCCCAAAAUGGCCGACAGAGGUUUGGACACGCGCUCCUCUCUAAAAAGUAUUGGAACAAGUGAGGCCAAUUGCGUUAUUGCUUUUUGCUCUUCUUUCUGGAGACUGAAAACAUUUGAGUCCAUCAAAAGAGGAAAAUGGGACAAGAGUAUUUACAUCUGGAUCGGAUACGCAACAGCACAGGUGUCAAACUCGAGGCCUGGGGGGCCAGAUCAGGCCUGACAUGUAAUUCUAUGUGGCCCACAAAGUGCAUCUUCCACAGUUUCUUGCGAGACAGAUUUGUACUUUUACUUUUGGCAGAAAAUACACCAAAAUGUUACUCUUUGCAUAUUACAAGCAUUUCCCCCCCACUAAAUUCCUUUAAAUUAACAAAAGCUGGAUACAGUGAUGUCUUGAGAUAUAAGUUGAAUUUGUUCCAUGACCAGGCUCAAAACAAAUCUUCUUUCCCCCUUGAAAUUGAUGCAAAUCCCAUUCAUCCGUUCCAACUCCACCCCCCCCCCCCAAAAAUAAUAUGAAAGUCUGUCAUCUUUUCCAAGACAAAUAGUGCUCUGCAAACUUGUACUUCAUAAAUAGAAUGUAAAUAAAUUACAAUGUUUUUGCCAAAGUUUUUGUUUCAGCUCCAUCUGGUGUACGCGCCUUGGCCACCUGGGGGCAGUAUAAUACAGACAUAUGGAUAUACUGUACAUGAAGCCAAUCUCAGCUCCUCAGUAAGCCUCAGUUCUUCGCAGAGGAUAAAGAAUAUAUGCAUCUCAGUAUUGUUGUUGGUAUUGUCUGUCUACAUACAAACAACACUUUUGUUUAAAUAUGCAUUGCUUAAAAAGUAACUCACUCACGAUGACAUUGAUGUAAUUUCUCAACCCAUCUAUGGAUUUUUCCAUUAUGUGUUAGCAUUAAGCUAGUGGACUUUAAGGCAAAGUUAUGUUGGUGAUUUAAAUGUGUAAUACACUUUGUUUUAUGUUUAGUUUGAGAGUAAACUUCAACUUGAUAUAUAGUUAUUACACUGGUAAUUCACUACCAGUCAGUAUCACUGUGUUCACGUUUUUAAGUCAAAUUCAAUUGUAAUCGGUCUACAGCAAAAAGAAAGGAAUUGGCCUCACUGUUCCAAUGCUUUCAGAGAGGGUGUGUCUAAAUAUGUUUCUGUUUCCCCGCACUUCUCUCGAGUUUGUUUACUUUGACGCGGAAGCAGCUUAUCGCUACUGCAAGACAGUGAAGAGAACCGGAUUCAUUAAGCUCGCCGCAAUCAGGAAAAUCUUAUCGCCGAGAUUGUCAUCAAAUGAAGGCUGGCAAUAUCCAGUAGAGGAAGGAUGGCCGCCACUUCCACAUUUGUGCGUUCCAUCACGGCCGUCUUCGCGGCUGACGCUCAAAUUGUUCUGCGUCUCAUAACAAAAGUGCGAGCGGAAUGGAAGAUUAAAGCCAAGGUCUACUUUGGGAUGAGACAUCUGUCUUGUUGAGUGGACUCACAAAAUUCUUGAUUGCAAAACUCAACAUUACACCUCUUCAAAAAGACAUUAGUGUUGCACAAGUGGAUCUUUUUACAGCCAAUUUGACAUGUAAAACAAGGCAACCUGUAAUUUUCCCUACAGAGGGAGCAGUCUCACACAUUGUCAGCAAGACAGCCAAAGUGCAUCCUAUUAUUUGCCGUAGUUCAGCACAAACGGCUCCAGUGAUGGUUUUUAUCGCCAUUAGGAAUUCAAUUAAUUUGACACGGUUUCCUGUGUUUGCAUUACCUUAAACUCACUCACCUUGAAAGCUUCAAACUUCGGUGCAGUUCACUUUGUCACAGUAAGGAUUUUGUUGUAAUACACUGAACUUCUGCGUAGUCACAGUUCGGAAUCGACAAAUUCGCCUCUUAGUGGGUGUUUUUGUUUUUGUUUUUAAAAAAACCUACUUUCUGUUAUUCACUGAAAAAGUCACUUUUUGUGCUUAGGCCAGAGCAAUAAAAAUGUGGCCAAUUUCUGCCGAGGAACUAUGUUGAACUGAGUUGAGGAGCUUCAUGUAGUGCUUUGCUGCCAUCUUGUGACAUCUAUGAAAAAAGCGCAAGUAACUUACGCCUGCCAAAAAGGUUUAGAAUGACAUAUUUUCUUAUGCACGAAACUGAAAGGAAUCGUAGCAUAGGUUUUGGAGCCAAACCGAAAAAGAAAUGUGAACGUGAAGGCAUGGUUUGAGGAAUGUCUCGAAACAUUUCACAUGUCACGAGGCUUUCUUGAACUUUGUAGUUGCCUCAUUUUUUAAGAACAAAUUGAAUGUGAACUCAGUAGUCAUGGAAAAUAGUGACAACCAUAUAUUUAAAUAUACAACCAAAUUUUAAGUAUACAAUUGAUGUCAAUAAGGGAUUUUGAGAGGGGAAAAAAUGCUUGUAAUAUCUGUAAAAAGUCAAUACAAAUUGCAAUUUUGGAAGAAGAAUUGCCGUCCCCCUUAUGGCCUGUAGAUAACAAAAAUUGAUGCCAAAGCACUACUUUUAUUUUUGACUAGGAUUUGGCGCCGUCUUGUGGCAUCUUUGGGUAUUUCAGGAAAGGCAAAAAAAAACCGAACAGAAAAUAGAUUCUAAA